AUGUCUAAGCUGAAUUUGGGUCAUGUCAAGGCGUUUAAUGUUAUGAAGACUUGUUUUGGUGGUUUUGGGGACGUGGGUGCAAGCAAAGUUGAAUUUAAGAACUAUAAGAGAUACUCUAUAGUGUUUGUACCGUUCACUGGUUUAGACAAUCAUCACUGCAAUGUUACAUUUGGUGCAGCAUUGUCGGCGUCGGAAACUGCUGAUACGUAUAUUUGGUUGUUAAGAGUUUUUCUAACAGCUGUUGGUUCUCAACCAAAAGUUGUUGUCACUAACCAAGAUCCAACGAUGAAGAAGGCUAUUUCUGUUGCAUUUGUUGACAUAAGGCAUUGGUUAUGCAUGUGGCAUGUUGGUGUUAGGCUAUGCAAUUCCACCAAUUUUAAAGAACGUAUUUGUGGUGUUGUGUGGACGGAUAUUCUCACACCUGAAGAGUUUGAAUCAGAAUGGGAAGCUGUUAUCGCAGAAUUCAAUUUAGAAGAUAAUGACUGGCUAUCUGAUAUUUUUGCACUUAGGGAAUCUUGGAUCCCUGCAUAA